AUGUCAUCUUCAGUCGUCUCCGAUUCUGAAGAACAACGUUAUGUAAUUAUUAAUUAUAUAUUUGAAUGCGCGGCAAAAUUGCGUUUAAGUAUAAUGACAACAGCUUCAGCAGCUGUGAUAUAUCAUAAAUCAGCGGCAUAUCUUGAAAAUACAAAUUUUGAUCAUCAUGUAACCACAACUUCAUUAUCAUUAGCAAGUAAAUAUGAAGAAGAACAUGUUAAAAUACGAGAUUUAAUCAAUGUUGCACACAGAACAUUACAUCCUAAUGAUUCUCAUUUACGUAUAUCUGAUGAAUAUCAUCGUCUUCGUAAUACACUUGUUGAAUGUGAAUUAUUUCUAAUACGAAUAUUAGGUUUUCAUUGUCAAUUUUCUCAUCCACACAAAUAUUUAUUACACUAUUUGGAUACUCUACAAAAUUGGAUAACAAAAGAUGAAUGGUUACGUGUACCAAAUUUAGUUGAUUUAUGUCUAUCAAUUUUACAAGAUACAUACUAUGAUUAUCAUUUAUGUGCAGCACCUUCUGAAAAAGAUAUUCAACCACAACAUCGAGCUUUAACAUGUAUCUAUCUAAUUCUUCAAACAUAUCAAAUUGAUAUACAAGGAAUUGAUGAAAAUGAUCAUACAGAAUGGAUGAAGGUAUUUAGUUCAUCAAUGACAAAUGACAUACUUCAAAAAAUCAUAUCACGAAUAAAUACAAUGUAUAAAAAUGUACAAAAAUCGUUAGAUAUUAAAACAGAUAUUAAACAGACAUCGUAG